UGCUAGCGGGAUGAAGGCGAUCUGGUUUUGCCUGCUCUCUUCAGUGUUAUCUGUUGUAGUAUGGAGUGAAACAGAGAAAUACAUACCCUUGAAGAUAGAAAUCAAACCGAAUAAGGACGGAGAGCCCGUGAAGAUGUUUACUGCUGAGGAAAUAAGUCGCUAUGAUGGAUCAAAUGAAGAUGAGCCAAUCUAUAUUGGUAUUAAGGGAGUAGUAUUUGAUGUGUCUUCCGAGAAAAGAUUUUAUGGCAAAGGUGCCCCAUACAAUGUGUUGGUUGGACGAGAUUCCACGCGAGCCUCGGCCUUGAUGUCACUGGACCUGGAAAACCUCACUCAUGACAUAACUGGGUUAUCAGACAGUGACCUAAAAUCUCUAGAUGAUGUGUACACCGGAACAUACCUAGCCAAGUACCCCAUUGUUGGCUAUAUGGACUACCUCUUGGAAGGCGAAAACUUGGAAAAGUUAAGGGUAUCUGAAAAGGAGUUGUAAAGCUGUUGCUGGAUUCUCGUCAUACACAUUAUUAUCAGUACAUGAAAUACAUGUACAUUCAUUUUUUCUAGUACGCAAUUUCUGAGUUUGGCAUUUCAUACCAUGUAAAAUACUUUGCUACAUACAGAAUAUAUCUUCUAAUAUAUUGAAGGCCUUUAGCAUUUAUAAGUAAAUGAAUGCAUUCAGUGAUCAUGAUUUUAGGUGAAUUUAUCUGUUGUACAUUCAGCGUUGUAAACAUUUUUACUAUACAUGUAUAAGUAUAUUCUUCGUUAAAGGUAUGUGAUAAUGAUAUCUCUAAUCUAAAGCAGACUAAGAUUUACCUGUAUGGUUUUAAGGUUCAUUCAUUGAGCUGUCCUUGGGGUUUUCAUUGAUUGGUAUGUCUCUGUUGGACACAAAAUGCCAAUGAAGAACAUGGGUUGAUCCACGUUACCAUGGUGAUAUCAUACAAUUCUUUGACUCAGAGAUUCAUUAGUCGUGACUUUUUUUUCCGGAUUGUUCCACUCAGUCAUAAGAUAUUGGAAGAUUCAGGAAAUGUAAACAGAUCUAACUGUGAAAUUAUGAAGAAUUUUAAUACCAGUAACGUUUGCAUUAUUGAAAAGUGUUUGCUUAUACAGAUAUGUAUAAUGUGACAUGUACAGUGAAUGUGCAGUGUUUAUGUGGGUAUUCAAAUGAAGUUCUCCGGCACAUGGAAUUCUCCUGCCGCAGUUUUUAGAAGAAAAAGAUAUGACUAAGAUGCAUGUUGAAUCAAAUAUUGUCCAACUGCUGUCUUAUAUAUGUGGCUGUGUCUUUGAAUAUAUGGAUUGAGUUUUAGUGAUAACACUAUUAAGAUAGUACUCUAAAUCCUCCACAAUUUCAACCAUUAAAAAGCAAACUCACAAUACACGCACUUGAAGAUAUAAUUCAAAACUAAACUGCUUUGUUCAAGUACAGGGAAAUAAGGACUGUAAUCUUCACAAAAAAUCAUGUAUAUGUAAUAGCUUAUCUGGAUCAGAUAACCAUUCUGCAAUGAUACAUCAUAACAUGAACUGCCGUAUUUCCCCAGUUUCACAGCUUUAAUUUUUUUAGCUUUCUUCAUUUAAAACAGUGCUUGAUUCUGCUUGGUUCAUAGACCUUAUAGAAACUUCAUACUUUUUUGUGAAGUUUUAUUAAUUUCCAAUAAGGGUAACUUAAGGCCUCUGUCCAUCUGAAAGUGUAUCUGUACAUGAUAAACAUAAGGUGAAAUACAGUAUGUCUGUAGUUGGAUAUGUGGAGGAUUUAGCAUGACAGUGUAAGAUUUUAAUACACCUGUACAUGUAAGUACAUGGAUUUUUUUGUUGUUUUUGUAUUUACACAAGUCAUUGCUGGAGAUGGUAAUAUUUUUAUCACCCAUUUAUAUAUGGUUCGUAUCUAAAAUAGUAAGUAUAUGUCACACAUUUUCAUACAAAAUUUGUACAAUUGCCUUUAUUUUGAUUGGAAGAAAUAAAAAAGAAAAUCAAAUGUCAUAAUAUAUGU